GGCUUCGGCUCCUCCCCCUCGACCCGAAUGACAAGCUAGUGAAGCCCUCGGCUGUUGCUAACAAAACCGCGGAAAUAAAGCAGCAAUGCGGUCCCUUUCGUCGUCAUUUGUAGCUUCCUAGUCGAGACCGGCGGUCACGCCAGGGCCUUUACCGACCGUUCUUUCGUGGACUGGUCGCGCGCGUCCUUGAGCUCACAAGUUAUCUGUCAAGUUGCAUUUGUUGGUUUGGUUUGACAGCUAACAGUUUACGCUAACUGGCUUUGUCUCGGUGCUGGUCGACGUCAGUUUCAAAACAAAUCCAGCAACAGCGAGUUGUCGGGGUUGGAUCGUCACCAUUUCUCCCCAAAGCAAUCUUUUUUUUUUUUGCCUCUUUUCCCCCCCAACUAAUACCGCGGACGGGGAAGCUAACUUUGUAUUUAUUUCUAUAUCUGUUUUGGUUCUGCUGCGUUUGGGACAUUUAUUAAGUCAGUCUCGAGCCAGUGAGCUCCGCUGAUUAAAAAGCCACUUAGUUCUUCUGAAUCUUGGAUUUAAAUGUCCGAAAAGAGCUCAUCCUCCGGUUCAGACGAAGAUGUGGAACCAGAAUCCGCACAACCUGUGGAGUUCGGAGGCGUGUUGAGCAAGUGGACCAAUUACAUACACGGAUGGCAGGACCGAUGGGUUGUGUUGAAGAACAACGCUUUGAGCUACUACAAAUCAGAGGAUGAAAGGGAAUAUGGCUGCAGGGGCUCUUUGUGUCUCAGUAAGGCUGUUAUCACACCCCACGAGUUUGACGAGUGCCGUUUUGACAUCAGUGUCAACGACAGCGUCUGGUACCUCCGAGCUGAAGACCCAGAGCACAGGCUCCAGUGGAUCGAGUCCAUUGAGGUACACAAGGCAGAGUCAGGGUAUGGUUCCGAAUCUAGUCUGAGGCGACAUGGUUCCAUGCUGUCUCUCACUUCAGCAGCUAGCGCCUUGUCUGCCACGUCCACAUCCUCUUUCAAGAAAGGGCACAGGCUGUGCGAGAAAUUGGCAGAAAUGGAGACCUUCCGAGACAUUCUUUGCAGACAAGUGGACACAUUGCAGAAAUAUUUUGACUCCUGCGCUGACGCUGUUUCCAAAGACGAAUUUCACAGGGACAGAGUUGAAGAGGAUGAAGAUGAUGACUUCCCUGCCACCUCAAGGCCAGAGGGGGAUGGUUGUUACAACAACAACGGCAGCAAAGAGAAACUUUUCUCCCCCGCCAGUCCCAAAGGCAUCAAUGGCAUAGACUUCAAAGGUGAAGCAAUCACUUUCAAGGCCACCACCGCGGGCAUUCUGUCCACUUUGUCUCACUGCAUAGAGCUGAUGGUCAAACGAGAGGACAGUUGGCAGAAGAGACUGGAUAAGGAGCUGGAAAAGAGAAGGCGGGUAGAAGAUGCCUACAAGUCUGCUGUGCAUGAACUAAAGAAAAAGUCACAUUAUGGAGGCCCUGACUACGAGGAGGGGCCCAACAGUUUGAUCAAUGAGGACGAGUUCUUUGAUGCAGUAGAAGCUGCACUGGACAGACAAGACAAAAUCGAAGAGCAGUCCGAAAAGGUCAGGAUCCCUCGACUGACUCCAGUUCCUCCUGGUGACGUCUACUCCAGCAUCAGCACACACAGAUUCGCUUCCAAGGCACGUAGUCAUUGCUCUUCCCUGUCCUCUGUCGAGCUAGUCAGUGCUUCAGAUGAUGUUCACAGAUUCAGCACUCAGGUGGAAGAGAUGGUGCAGAAUCAUAUGACGUACUCGCUUCAGGAUGUGGGUGGCGAUGCCAACUGGCAGCUGGUCAUCGAGGAAGGGGAGAUGAAGGUGUAUAGAAGAGAGGUGGAAGAGAAUGGUAUCGUUUUGGAUCCCCUUAAAGCGACACAUGCUGUCAAAGGGGUGACGGGUCACGAGCUUUGCCAUUACUUCUGGGACACGGCCGUGCGCAUGGACUGGGAGUCCACCAUCGAAAAUUUCAACGUGGUGGAAACACUCUCGGACAACGCCAUCAUAGUUUAUCAGACGCACAAGAGGGUGUGGCCGGCCUCUCAGAGAGACGUCCUCUACCUGUCGGCCAUCAGAAAGAUCUUGGCAACCAAUGAAAAUGACCCUGACACCUGGCUGGUGUGCAACUUUUCUGUGGACCAUGAAAAUGCGGCCCCUUCUAAUCGGUGUGUGCGAGCCAAAAUCAACGUUGCCAUGAUCUGCCAAACUCUGGUCAGCCCACCAGAGGGCGAUAAAGAGAUCAGCAGGGAUAACAUCCUUUGUAAAAUCACCUAUGUGGCCAAUGUAAAUCCCGGCGGGUGGGCUCCGGCCUCGGUUCUCCGGGCCGUCGCCAAGCGAGAGUACCCCAAGUUCCUCAAACGUUUCACCUCCUACGUCCAGGACAAGACUUCGGGGAAGCCCAUCCUGUUUUGAGAGGAAACAAUGGCUGAAUCCCCGAAAGACGACACCGUGCAACAGGACCAGCGAGGACCACCUUAAACGUGGUCGCGCGACUUUAUUCCAUCAGUAUUUGUUCUUCCAGCGCAACAUUGGCGGGUCCUUCUAUGUACAAAGUUUCCUCUUCAAUCGUUUUCAAAUGAUUGUUAUUCGCUUUUGUGUUGUUUUUUUGUAGAUUGUUUUGUACAUUUCUUAUGAUUGCAUACUUGUUGUCUUUUGGGGCUAACCAAUAGCAUCGACGCUACUCGUUUGCUGCUGCUGCUAAAGAGAGAAAACUAAGUGAGCGUGCGAGUCUUUUGCGCAUCCCACCCCUCUCGUGACGACCGCGUUGGCGGUCCGAUGGAGGGCGAAAAAAAUUUUCUCGGAGAUCUUUAUAUUUCUAAUGGCUUUCUGGAGAGUGAGCGUUGGGAAACGACGUAUUGUACAGAAAAACUACUUUUAGUUUACCAAAGUGACAAAUGUGAAUGGACUGUUAAAACGCUUGAAUUAGAUGUCGGCAAACGUGCCAAGGAAACUUUAAAGCUUAAUGUCUCAUUUUAACUGCGAGCACAUGGCGACGUAAUCGCGCGUUGUUAAUCAAGAGUUAACACUUUAAGCGCAAAAUUGCGUUAAGAACAUUGCUAGUUUUUAUAUAGAGCUGCAAAUAUGAUGCCUCGUGUAAUUACGACUUUGCACCAAAAGAUGGCAGUAUUUUUUCAGGUCUGACUUGUUAAAAUCAGCUACGUUCUUGUUGCAAUUUUGCGACUUUGGCGCUUAAAAAGUUCAGUAGGCUUUUUGAUUUUCACAAUGCUUUCCCCCUGACUUUUAGUCAGCCUUCGGAAUGUCCCCGCUCAAUUGUUUUUGUCUACGUGCGCAUUUGGUUUCCCACCUUCACCCUAAAUUUAGCAUUCCGGCGCGACAAUUACAUUUCGCGUGCACGAUGACUGACGAUGAUAAACUACGCCUAGGAAUGCCUUAGACACCAGCGUGAGCCUGGUCAUUGUUACUAUACAACCACCACAUGUGCAUUUAUCGACAGUGGCGGGAAAUGCUUUUUUACGUGGGCGGGCGGGCGGGGGUGGGAGGUUCAGCAUUUCACAUCGUGAUCAUACCUCAUCAUUCAAAUAAACUUGGGAUUGCUUUGUAUUUGCCAGCGGCGUCAUCAAAUUUGAAUUUUUUAGGGGAGGCGGAGGUCGUCACCCUCAGUCGGCAGAGUUUCCGAAGGAUUAAUUUAUCAAAUCUACGCUCCGUGUCCGCUGAUGAAUAUAGCUGUUGUUUUUAAUUUUGAUACCGUCACUAAUCCACACACUUUGUACGUGUGUAAGUUGUACAUCAGAAGUGUUAUUAUUUGCACUAAAUGUAAUGCAAGUUGACAAUGCCCUGUAAAUUAAAAUUACUACACAACACAAGUGUGCAGUUAUGUUUUCGUAAGAAGGGACCAUUGACUUGCGCUAGCUUAUGCACUGAAACUAACAAAUAGUCAUGGACAGAAUUAUUGGCAACCCUGGAAUUUUUCCAGAAAAUAGUUUUUCAACUAUUACAAAUGUUUUCAGUAUGAAUGUGUUUGUUUAUUGGAUUUGCGUUGGAAAAAUGUACGAAUGUACGCAAUAGUGCCGAUCGAUCGGGUCCGAUCACGUCAUUUUCAAAGUAUCGGAAUCGGCAAAAAAAUAUCGUUCAUGCCUUUUUUUAAUAUAUAUAUAUUUUUUAAUUAAAUCGUUUUCAAUUGUAUUUAACGUUACAGACAUGGUAUGUUACACUCAUCCAGAGUCUUUAGGCCUAAGGUAGGGUGAUCAAAUUUAUUCUGAUAAUGGUGGUAAGUUUUUUAAAAAAUGUAUCACGUUAAAAUAUUUAACGCAAUUAAUGCAUGCGUUGCACGACCCACUCACACAUUGUCGCGCUCAAUCUGUAAUGGCGCCAUUUUACCUAUAUAGAGAGAUAAAAGGCAGCGUAAAAUGAGUAGAGUGAAUUUUGGCAGCCUGUGGAGGCAUAAUUUAAUUGGCUAAAGCCUUACAAUCCUUCUCCCUAUGAUUACCGUAUUUUUCGGACUAUAAGUCGCACCUGAGUAUAAGUCGCACCAGCCAUAAAAUGCCCAACGAAGAGGAAAAAAACAUAUGUAAGUCGCACUGGAGUAUAAGUCGCAUUUUUGGGGGAAAUUUACUUGAUAAAAUCCAACACAUAGAGCAGAUAUGUCAUCUUGAAAGGCAAUUUAAAAUAAAAAUAAAAUCGAGAACAACAUGCUGAAUAAUAGAACAGUAUGAUAAUGUUACAUGAUGCAUGAACAACAAAAUGCGAACGUGGCCGGUAUGUUAAUGUAACUUACCUAUUAAGAGUUAUUCAGAUAACUGUAGCAUAAAAAGCAUGCUAACAAGUUUACCAAACCAUCAAUGUCACUCCAAAACACCAAAAUAACAUGUGAAUUGAUAUAAUAAUGUGUUAAUAAUUUCACACAUAAGUUGCUCCUGACUACAGGUGAUAGACCGCGAGCAUAAUUAAAGACGCCAUGAUUUUCACAAGAUAUUAUCGCGUACUUACCUCUUUUUGAUCCAAAAACUCCAUGUAGCAUGUAGCACCGAGUGUCAAGACAGUCAUAUUUUUGGAGGAUUUUAUGGGUGAAACAUGGUAAUAUAACAAGGGUCGCGAUGCAGAAAUCGCAGACAUCAAGGAGUGGUUGGGAUUUUCAUAUAUUUGCUCUUUUAUACGUUUCUUUUUUUCCCCCAAUUUUUCUUUGUAUCCAUUAUUUGCCAUCUAACAUCGGAGAAAAUGCAACACUAGCAGAAAAAAUAAAAUUAAGCGAUAGUUAUGAGGUAGAUAUCUGUGACUUUUUUACAGACACCACUUUUUUGUAUGUGACGUAAUUUGUUUAAAAGUUCAAAGUAUGUGAGUAAAUAAUUUUUUUGUCUUUUUUUUUUUUUAAACAAAAUAUUAGACAUCAGUUAAUGAUUCUAAGCUAAAACGACAGACAUUUCAAAUAAUAAAUAUAAUUGCCUUCGGCAGCUCAGUGCAUUUAGGCAUGUAGACAUGGUUUAAGACAAUCUCCUGCAGUUCAAACCGAGCAUCAGUAUGGGGAAGAAAGGUGAUUUGAGUGACUUUGAACGUGGCAUGGUUGUUGGUGCUAGAAGGGCUGGUCUGAGUAUUUCAGAAACUGCUGAUCUACUGGGAUUUUCACGCACAACCAUCUCUAGGGUUUACAGAGAAUGGUCCGAAAAAGAAUAAAUAUCCAGUGAGCGGCAGUUCUGUGGGCGGACAUGCCUUGUUGAUGCCAGCGGUCAGAGGUGAAUGGCCAGACUGGUUUGAGCUGAUAGAAAGGCAACAGUGACUCAAAUAAUCACCCGUUACAACCAAAG